AUGGCCAACCCAGAUCUCGAUAUGGAUGAUUUAGAUAAUGCAGAGGAUGGCGGCGCUGGAUCCGAUAACGAAUCAGAUCUUUCUGAUGUCGACGAAGCCAAUUUUGAUGAUUUUGAUGCAAGUAAAGUUGCUUUGGAUGAGAGACCUAUGGUUGGUAUCGAUGAAGAUAUUGCGAAGACGUUGAAGGCCAGUAAGCGCAAGCGUGCGGAAGGUGAAGCAAAGAAACCAAAGGAAGGAAAGCGAGACAAGAAGAAGAGGCCGCGCAGAGACUCAGAUGAGGAUCCCGAUGGAAUGGAGAUUGAUGGAAAGAGAAUCAGAAAGCCCAAGAGAGUUGAGGGUGAGGCAAAGGAUAGGGACAGAACCAAGGAACGAAGAAAGGCAACACCAGAACCAGAAAAUGAUGAAAAUCUCACGCCGGAUGAGAGGAGACGUAGAGCUUUGGAUAAGGCUAUGGAUGCCGCGCUUAAGAAUCCGAACAAGAGAAGAAGAAAGAAGGAUGAAGUGGAUUUGGAAGAAGCUUUCGACGAUGAAAUUGCAGCUUUGAAGCUUCGAAUGGAAGAAGCAUGCCAAGCCGAUAAUGCUGCUCGAGAUGCCAAUUUACCCGCAACCAGAAAGCUUGAAAUGUUACCGGAAGUUGUCGCUCUUCUCAACAGAAACACCAUUCAACAUUCCAUCGUCGACCCCGAUACCAACUUUCUACAGUCCGUCAAGUUUUUCUUGGAACCACUAAAUGAUGGAAGUCUUCCGGCAUACAAUAUUCAACGUGAUCUCUUUCAAGCACUAGCGCGUUUACCGAUUGAAAAAGAAGCACUUCUGAGCAGUGGGAUUGGUAAGGUCGUUCUAUAUUACACGAAGAGCAAGAGGCCAGAAAUUCAAAUCAAGAGAAUCGCUGAAAGAUUAUUGGGAGAAUGGUCACGACCAAUUUUGAAGCGAAGUGACGAUUAUAAGAAGCGUAAGGUCGCGACAAAGGAUUAUGAUUUCCAAGCCGCACAACUUGCGAUCCGUCCUUCCGGCUCUCAAUCUUCGCAAAUGCCUUCCUCCCAAAGAACACAACUCACGGCUCGUGAUAUUGAGCGUCAACGUCUUCUCGCACCAAAAGUCAUUAGCAACAGAGCUAGAAUGGAAACUUCAAAUACCAGUUAUUCAAUCGCUCCUAGAAGUAACUUCGACCCAAGUAGAGGGUUGGAUCCAUCUUCCAGGCCUAUUGGUGCGGGUGGUGUAGACGCCUUUAGAAAGAUGACGGCGAAACAGGGGAAGAAGAGGUCAUAA